CUGAGGCAGAUUCCAAGCGUCCAGCGGAACGGGGCUGGCAAUGGGUGUACUGGGGGAAGGAGACGGGAGAUCGAGGAUUAAUCCUGGCUACAGCAUCGUGUCUAAACCCAGGGCUCAUCUUUGGACCCCGUUGAUUGGUAGUUUAGGCUAGGAGACGUUGAAAUUUCCUAUUGGUUUGGCUUGCUGUCAAUCAGAAGGAAGAGUUCCGAGGACCGGAGGCUGAUUGGUCCCGAUUGGUCUGUGGGUGGGCUUAGGUAAAGGUUAAAAUUCAGCCGGAGCUGGAAAGAGGGAUGACCUGAUAGAUGGUAGAACGGUUUGAUAGUUUAUAGAAUCCUACCAGGCCUGUGUCUGCUCUGAGGAGCAUCCAAUCCCUGAGAAUGUCUUGGAUCCAGGAGGCAGAGCUGAACCCCAUAGAGAGGCUGUGUGCAUCCAUUUUAAAGGUUGGUCCAAUGCCUGAGCAUGUGGCAUUCAUCAUGGAUGGGAAUCGACGAUAUGCACAGAAGUGUCGAGUGGAGAGAGAGCAGGGCCACUCUCAGGGGUUUGAGAAACUGGCUGAGACGCUUCGCUGGUGUUUGAACCUGAAUAUCCGAGAGGUGACUGUUUAUGCUUUCAGUAUUGAGAAUUUCAAGCGCUCCAAAGAGGAAGUGGAUGGGCUGAUGGAACUCGCACGUCAGAAAUUCACAAGACUUCUUGAGGAACAAGAGAAUUUGAAGAAACAUGGUGUUUGUAUCAGAGUCCUGGGAAACUUGACCCUGCUGCCAGUUGACAUCCAGGAGCUGAUUGCACAAUCUGUGCUAGCAACACAGAGUUACAACAAGUGUUUCCUGAAUGUGUGCUUUGCCUACACCUCUCGGCAUGAGAUCACCAGUGCAGUUUGCGAGAUGGCCCUGGGAGUGGAGGAAGGGUUACUGAAACCCAGUGAUCUUUCAGAGUCUCUACUCGGCAGGUGCCUGUACUCGAGCGGCUCCCCAGACCCAGACCUGCUAAUUCGCACUUCUGGAGAGGUUCGGCUCAGUGAUUUCUUGCUGUGGCAGACCUCUCAUUCGUGCUUGGUGUUCCAGUCUGUGCUGUGGCCAGAAUACUCUUUCUGGAAUCUGUGUCAAGCCAUCCUACAGUAUCAGGUCAAUCAUCCUGCCCUUCAGAAAGCAAAGUUGUUGCAUGAGGCAGCGUGUCAGCAUCAGCAGGUGGAGGCAGAUCUCAUCUGUGUGCAGGAGCUGGAGCAGUUGGGCACAGUGGGGGAGAUGGGAGGCACAGAGUGCAAACAGGAACUGAUCCUAAAGUACAGCAGAGAACGAGAGGAGAGAGUUUCCAACUUCCUGCAGAGGCUAGAGAACAAGCGGAGGAAAUUCCUCACUGACCUGGUGCAGGGCUCUGCACCGUUUCUACGUGUUUAGGGGACAGGGGCUGCACAGCUCAAACAGCAGGGUGAGAAUCAUCGUGUGACCAAGUGAUAAAUCUGUAGCAGGUGUUUUGUGGUGUUAUUAGAUGUCACUUAUCCAGACUGCUCCAAUGCCUGUUAAAUUCAACCAGCAAGUGCUGGAUUCAAGGUCCCCUUGCUUUCUCAGUUUCUGCCUGCUGGGUUUCUCACUCUGACGUGAGCUAGUUAAAUGCAGCUGUCCGCAGAUGUAUGUGCCAGGUGGGAAUACAGAACUGCCCAUGUUUGGAUGUUGCACUUUGCGUAAUGUUGUGAAAGUGAUGUCCACUGAUGUGGACUUGAUCAUAUUUGAGUUGUGAAGUCUCCGGUGCAAAUGGGAAUCAUGUAGUCGCUGCAGUCUUUUCUGAUAACCUGGAGCCAAGGAUAAAGCAUGGUAGCAUUCUGUCCCUCUAUCGGGGCCUUUAACCUCUGACAGUUUGGCACUGGGACUACAGUCUACAGCCAGCACUCAGAGACUCUGCUGGUAGGGGCAGCAGUCUGACUGCCACUGGCAAUACUCUGACAUCUGCUGGCAGUGCAUAUCCAGGUUUCUUAUGCCUGAUCACUGUCCAUUAACCAUUGAAUGAUGUGCAUCUGUGGACAGAAUAGAGUUCAGCUGUGUCCCCUCCAAAGUUGAAUGAUCUGUUGACACACAUUGUCUGGGCUCCCAUGUUAGGAACAGACACAAGUGAGAAACCAGUGAUUGUUGAACUGUUAUUAAGAGCCAGGACUGCUGAGAGAGGCAGGUGCUGAAAAAGCCUAUUGUUCCCAUGCAAUGGAGAUCAUUCUUCAAUAAGAUGCUUGAACUUCUGAACAUGGGCAAUGUUUGAAAUGAAUCCUGUGGGAAGUGUGAGGGCAAAGUAUUUCCCCCAGUUAUAUACAAACCCUGUCUGAAUUUUGAUGUAAGGAGUGUUUCUAGUUCAGUGAAUCAAAGUGUCAUUCUAUGGAUCACUGUUGAAUCCAGCUACGGAAUAGCCUUUGCCCUCAGUGUCUUUCGGUCUAAUCUGUCAAUUCUGAGAUAAAUACCUCACCUGAAUAAUAUAAAACAACACUUUGUAAGAAGUUUGAAUGGCUGCAUUUUGUGUUUUGUAUUUGUGUUUUUGCCAGAUAAUAAAUGCACAGUAGUGUGGACCAUUUACUUCGGAA